AUGGAUCCUAGAAUAGCUCUGAGUGUCGCUCUCUCCUCGCUGUUUGUAAUCGCUGGAUCUUGGCCAUUAGAAACCCCAGCGGUAAAUCAGCAUCAACAAGGUAUGUCGGGCUGUGUUUUUUUUCCUUAUCGUUUACCAUUUUCGCAAACGUUUGUUAAAAUACUUGAACCCUAACAAAUUUAGAUGUUAGAAUCGAGCUAACAACGUUCGUGUUGUCUACUAACGCGCUUUCUUCAAAAACCUAACACUAGUUUUCACCACUUUUCCUUACUCUUAAAAUUGCGAUUCGUUCCAAACGUUUUACCCUAUGAAAUCGAGGUGAUUUUAUAAGUAGUAAUUGAAUGCUUUUGUAAAUGCAGUAUUCACUUAAAUCUAACAACAAAUCUAUCAAAGUCAUCAUUGACUCCUAUUAACUUUUCCUUCUAUGCGAGCUAAUAAAACAAAACCUCUCUAUUAUUUUACACUUUUGACUUUCUGAUCUCUGUUCAUGAUAUGCAGUAUAAAAAAUAACCGAUAACCGUUUUUAGAUUUUAAAAGAUGAAAAGAAACAAACCAACCUAGAUUUUACUUUCGGAUUACACGGAUAAAAGAGCUCUGGCCAUGAAAAAGAUUGAAAGAACAAAAAAAGUCUUUUAAGCCGGUGGUUUGCACACGUUUCUUGCAUAUUCAAUAACAGCGCCGGUCAAAAGCUUUGGUGCCGUUUUGUUUUUCCUAAAAGCACCAGUAGUACGACUAUGUUUGAUGUCUUUUUUGUUUCGUCAACGCUCAGAAUUUGUAGAGCUCGCGAUCGACGAAUUUGGCCGAUUCGCAUGUUUCUGUAACUUGAUUAAAAUGGCUCCGGGAUAUUUUUGAAAAGGAAGAUUUUUUUUCUCCGUUUCUUCUGUCCACACGUAAACGGUGAUUUCGCGUACCAAAAAAGUAGAUUUCUGAAAACGGUCCCUAUAGUAGAGAUUUUUGGACGCAUAACGCCGGAUUGUCAGCGUUUUCGUGUGGACGGAGAGGAAAAGGAAAGAUUUCGCGCGAAUACGAUGCCGACAUUGCGUUUUCGCGUAUGCACACUUUUGAAAACGGAGAAAAAACUGAAAUAUGCGUGUCCUAAAAAAAUAACCAAAUACGUGUCGACCUGAGAUCCCGCAGGGCUAUAGCCAGUUCAUGUGUAAGUUCGCAAUGCAAGCACUAAAAACUGACUCGUGCCAGGGCAGGAUAAAGGGGUACGCACUCAGCGGCUCUCUUGAUUAAGAGUGAGCAUUUUCAACCGCACGAUUUAUUCUACAUGAUAACAAGCUUCGAAAAAUUUCAUGCAUCUUCGAAAAUAGUCCUUUUUUUGAACUUCGCUAUACCUAUCUCUUGACUAUCGCUACCCUUAUUUACGCUUAUAUUCUACAUACAGUAACAACUUUAACUAAGUCUUUUAUUGUACUGUUGUAUAUUUUUCAAUGAAGAGAGCCGUUUAUAAUUACUAAUUUCUCUGUCAUUUAUUCUCCGAUUAUUAACCACAAAUGUAUGAAACUGUAUGCUUCAAAUUCUGAUGCUAGCUUAUGCACGCUCUAUUUACAUGCAAACGUAAUGAUCGGAAGUACUCAACGCUUUAAACAAUAAUUGUAACAUUUUUUUAGGAAACUUUAACUGAAUACGAUUCUUCAUCAAAAAAAGUUGUUUGAAACAUUGUAAAACUUCUACAGCAUAACUAAUGCUUUUACAUUGAAAAAUGUUAUUAUUUACACAUCACUGUACUGUAACUAACUUUUGAAGACAGAGAGUAACAGUUUUCAAAAUGUCUUGUUCUUUUUAGUGCUUAUUGUAAUUUCAAAACUCGUAUACUCCUAUAUAAUAUGCUGUUUCUAACAAAUUUGUAAUGGUAUUUCAAAAACUCUGCUAGUUAAUUUCAAAUAAUGUAUCUUAACUACUAAACAACUCUACUGAAGCAUGACUGUGCUUUUAAAAGUUAAAAGAAAACCGUAACUAUCUCAUGGAGCUGCUUUUAACGCCAGAUGUAACUAAGCAAAGCGUAACAGCUCUGAAACAACAAAGUUUGCAAGUUAAUUAUGACCAAAUGUAACCAGAAUCUAACAAUUACGCAGUCAAAAGUAGGCUUCAGUUUUUGCCAGAUUCGUGCCCAUUUUGCAUCUGAAAUUGAAAAUGACUCUUAUAACAAAGGCUACUAAGAACGCCCGAAAACGUAUCAGCAACAGAACCUAUACAAGAGUUUGCCCUUGAAAAUUUCUCAGAUCGUUCGUGCAUCCGAUAAAAGCUUUGAUGGUUCAUGGUUCAAAUACAAACUUCGAUUAAAUUCGGUCACCAAAGAGAGACCCUCUGUACCUAAGGCGUAACUAAAAGCUUUGAGGUAGUGGAGAAAGUGGUUAAGACUUUCAUUGAUGAAAUAAAUUUAAUAGUUUCAUCUCCAAACGCUUCUGGCAUCCUCCUAAACGACUUAAAGGAGCUGUGAUAGGGCUGUCUAGUUUAUUUUGUUUUGCAGUGAGCGAUUUUCGUAUGACCUUGAAAAAUGUUUUCGGUAAGUGCUCGUUAUUUGUUUUAUCAGCCAAUGGAUGAAAAGAUCAAAACAUGGACUCUUCGUUUUCCCGCCAAAGAAAACCCUUAUAUGGAGAAGGCACUGUUCGAUUGACCAAUAUUGUUGCAGUAUGAUGUCAAAGCGAAGUAUCGAUUGAUUUCUAGAAAGUUUUUUCACCCGAACGUUGGCUUAACCAACCAAAAGCCACGCGUGUUUGUGUCCGUUCGAUAAACCAAUCGAAUCGCUCUAUUUCUGUUCGUUUGUUGUUUCAGCUGUCUUGUUCGCACGUUUUCAUUUUAAGGUCAUACGAAAAUCGCUCUAUAAUGCCAGUUGUGCGCCCUUAUUGGCUAUGAAACACGCGAAAUUACCUGAGAACGCCAAAAUUGCAGCUUUUUGUCAACAAAAUACGUCUUUCUUUUCUGUUUGAACUUUGAUAAAUUUCGUGACACAGCUCCUUUAAGAUCUAAAGGGAAUAAAAUAAAUAUAACACAAAAGAAUGGGCACGAAUCUGCACAUGCGCAUUACUUGUGCAUCUGUCGUUUUCCUAAUUUGGUAUACCGCGCCUGUUAUUUCAUAAGGUGCAAAAAAGGAUAGUUGGUAUUAUUACCCACCUGCACCGCCACCACCUCCCCCACCACCGCCACCAUCAGCAGGUCCCCCCGGAUUAGAUGGACUAAUGGGACCACAAGGACCUCGAGGACCGGACGGACCAAAAGGUCCCCCGGGGCCUCCAGGACCUCCUGGACUACCCGGCAUUCCAGGAUAUCCAGGAAAUCCUGCCGGACCCCCCGGACGAGAUGGGCCACCGGGACCACCCGGACCACCAGGAGGCCAAGGUCCACCCGGAGAUAUGGGACAGAUGGGAGCCCCCGGUGGAGCCGGUGGUACCGGAGUGCACUCGCAAAAGAGAGAAUUAACGAAACAUGGAGCAAUUAUAAGACCAGCGUGA